AUGAGACAACUGCAGAAUCUAAUUUAAGAAAAUGGAUUAGUAACCUCUAAUCAAUAAGCAAGUACUGCUGAUAUGGCAACAACAGAAGCACCAAUAUCGAUAAAAGCUGCAGCUCCACCACCUCCUGAAACAACAAAACCCCCAGUCACAACAACUUCUACUACUACUUAGCCAGUAUUUUGCAAAACUUAUUUUGAUAUCAACCCAAAUCCAUCUAAUACUUCCUGGGAAGGAAACUACUGCAAAGUAUGCAACAAUUAAACUCAUGUAAGAGUGUUCUUGACUGAUAGAAUUACUUGUGCCCCUGCUAUUAAGCAACAAGGAAUAUGCUAACUAAAUGGAAGAUAUAAUACUUAGGGACAAACCUUUGCUCUAUAUCAAGUUUAACAUUCUUAAGAAGAAAUAUGCUACAGAUGCACAACAUGUGCAAAAGGGUUUAGCAAGCAAAUAGUAAGAUAUGAGUAUGGACCAUUCUUUUUGAGAAAGUGUGUAAAAGGUUAGCCUUCACCACUACUAGAUUAGCUUCUUUGGCAUUAAACGCUAAUCAAAAUUGGAGAUAAUGUUGAAAUAAAGGCCUGUGAUAGAAACUAUUAUAGAGGAUCAAUCAAAGAUUCAUCAUUAAAAUCUCAGUCAAUUUGUCUAUACAAUAAGUGUGGUAUCAAUGGUUUUGGACCUGACUACUCAGAACCUUCUACUCUCUGUAGAGGGACAGAAAUUACGCCUGGAUCAAAGCAACAAAAAGCCUUGUAUAUAAAUAAUGGCACUCAUAUACAUGCUCCUUUUCUGUUUGUUCAAUAAGCCCUUAGCUAAAUAAACAAAGAAGCUCCAUAAUAUCAGAAGUACAAUGCUACGAUUUGGUUAAUGAAAGGGGAUCAUUUCUUUUUUUAUUGUAAUGGUGUUACAAAAUUUGAUCCAUAGUAGCCUGUCUAAUUAGAAUUUUGCAACCCUGAAUCAAUGCAAAACUCCUAUAUUAAAAGCAACAAUGUUUAUCUAAAUGUUAGAGCUCUUAGUUGUGAAAAACUGUCAUCUAUAGGUUAUACUUUUGUUGGGGGAGGUGAGCUUAAGGAGUAUUGCAUAUUCUUAAACGGUUUUGAAGAAUUCCCAAAGCUAUACAUAAACUCAAACAUGUUUUACUUCAACAUUACUCGAUAUGCAUAUUUUGAAAAUGUAUUCUUUGAUGGUUCAAAUUAAUAUGGGUAAGUAUUGAUUAAUGUAAUAACACCGAAUGGUGUCACCAAUCAAAUAAAAAUUGAAAAUGAAAAGCUCUCAAUAAUUCCAUUCAAAAAAUGUGACGUAAACGAAGACAGUUCAAACAGUUAAAAUAGAAUUUCAUUUUCUGAGAAUUAGAAAUAGAUUUUAGUAAAGGGGCUUAAGGUGAAUCUCACUUGUGUAAAUAAUGAGCAAGAUAAAUUAGUGUCUUAGCCUAACACUUCGAGCGAUGCUUGUACUGCUUUUACAACCAUUGAUUCAUAAACUCAAUGCUCUGGAGAGCCUUACAGUGAAGAUUUUUAUCAGUAUGAUGAGCAAUAAACUGGAAUGCCUUUUCUAAGAAGAAAAGUUUUAUUUAACAUUUACUCUUUUGACAGAGCUAAUUCUAACGAAAUGAGUUCGCCAUAACUUAUCUUGUCUGGCUGUACCUUCCAGUAUUUUGUGAAUAAUUACGAGGCAUUAGUUUACGUCGAGAAUAAUAACUACUAUAGUGAAGGAUAGAGAAAAGGAGAGAGUUUUGUAUUUCUAGGAGAAGAUAGAGGAAUCAGUUAUGAAGAUUACUAAUACAGUGAGGCUCAAAUAAUUAUUUCAGAUUCUGAGUUUACAUAUCUAAAUUGGAUAUCAAAUACCACUGGAAUGGCAUAGUAUUUUGCUAAUGAAGGUUACAAUCAAAGAAUGAAUACAAAUAACAAGAUUAGUGUCCCAAAUUUUUACCAUAAGGGAAUUAUCCUAAAUAUUGAAGAUUUCUAGGGACCUGUUGAGUUUUCAGGGUGUAAAUUUGUGAAAAACAUGAUUUAUAUCCCAGAAAUUUACUUUUAACCCCAUUAUGUUAGCCAAAAGAACUCUAUCUAGACUUUCUAAUCAAGAGAAGAAUUCAUUUAUAGAUUCAAAAUAUGUGAUAGUGACACUAAUAAAGCUAAAUAUUUCAUGGAUACAGGCUUCGACUAUAAUUCAAACUUAGACAGUAUGUUCAAUGAUUUCGAAAGACUCAGUGUCAUUUAUAUUUCAAGAAAUCAAGGAAAUAUCAUUUUCCACAAUAAUAAGUUCACCGACAAUAUUGGUAUGUAUGGUGGUGCUAUUACUAUCAAUAGUCCGAAUUUCAAAAAUGGCAAAAACUCAUUCGUUAUCAUCAACAAAAAUAUAUUCUACUAUAACAUGGCAUAUGUUUCAGGGAACAGCAUUUAUAUAAGGACAACCAAAAUACUUUAAAAUUUCAAUGAGUAGUGCGGAGGAAUAUAUAUGAACGAUAAUUACUUUUUCAGAAAUAUUGGAAUGAAGAAGCAUAAUGGAGGAACUCAGAAAUCAAUUAUUCUAGUAAAACAAAUGUAACCCUCAAAGAUUUCAUUAAUCCUGACAUAUAUUACUCUUUCAAUCCAAAUCUUACAACGAUUCAAAAUAGUAUAUUUGAAGAAAAUCUAUCAGGAGGGAAAGGACUAGCAAUUUAUUCCAGAUACAUGA